GGCCGACAAACACACGCGCGCGCACGCGCACUCACUCACGCGCUCUUUCUCUCUCUCUCUCACACACACACGCAUGCGCACACACAAACACAUCACAUUAAACACAACACUUUAACUCAAAACUAUGUGAGAACGUUUCCGCUGGACGUUUCUUUGACUACUAAAAGGAGACCAAAGAACAUUUUUAAUUGGAGAAGAUGCGUUCUGGUCUUUGUUUGCUGCUCCUGUGCGGCUUCCACCCGGCGCUCGCCGCCUGGUCGGAAUCCGAGGAUGUCGUGCCUGUUCGGAUACUCGGAAGACGCAGCGGUCGCUUCUGGAAACGGAGCGAGCACCAGGCGAGAGUCGUCCUCAACGCCUUCGGCAAAGACUUGACGCUGAAUCUCAUCCCCGACACCAGUUUCAUGGCGCCUUACUUCACAAUUAAACGCCUACAAGCCAAAUAUUUGGGCGCGUUACGCUCAGGUGCGCAAUUGCCGGGCAAAGAUAUUCGCUAUUUAAUCAACCAGACGGAGGAAAGCGAAGGACAACUGAGAAGUUGUUUUUAUUCGGGGAGCGUAGAUGAAGAUCGAGACUCGGUUGUGGCUCUGAGUCUGUGCUCCGGGGUCUACGGCUCCUUCGUGACGGAAGGGAACGAGUACAUAAUCGAACCCAAGUUUCCAGGCGGCGUCGGGGCUCAGUCCACUGCCGAACAGCUGCACGUCAUCAAGAGGAGGACAUUGUCCCAAAGUCGUCCUUUACUCUUCGACCACGCGGGCGGACAAGAGAACCGCAAGUUGGGUUUUAGUUUUACGCACCGCAGCACCAGCGACGCACGGAGGAAAUAUCGGCGCAGACGCUUCGUGUCCGCGCCGCGGUUCAUAGAAACUUUGGCCGUGGCGGAUUCCAGCAUGACGCAAUUCUACGGGGACGAAAUCAAGCACUACAUUUUGACUUUAAUGUCAAUGGCUGCUCAGCUCUACAAGCACCCCAGCAUCAAGAAUUCAGUGAAUUUGGUGGUAGUAAAGUUGUUAGUCAUAGAGGAUGAGGAAGUCGGUCCAGAUGUCUCCAGCAAUGGAGGAGUGGCCCUGAGGAACUUUUGCUCUUGGCAGCAGCUCUUCAACCCAUCAAGUCAGAGACACCCGGAGCACUUUGACACCGCCAUGCUUUUCACUAGAGAGGACAUCUGUGGACAAAAGAGUUGUGACACUCUGGGUGUUGCCGAUGUCGGGACGAUGUGUGAUCCUAAGAGAAGCUGCUCCGUUAUAGAGGACAACGGUCUGCAAGCUGCCUUCACUGCUGCACAUGAGCUUGGUCAUGUGCUAAGCAUGCCGCACGAUGACUCCAAAACCUGCAAGAGGCUUUUUGGGGAUCUUGGAGGGCAUUACUUGAUGGCUCCUUUGUUCCUUAGCCUCAACAAAAACAUGCCUUGGUCUCCUUGUAGUGCUCGCUACAUUACAGACUUCUUUGACAGUGGUCAUGGGGACUGUCUGCUGGAUGUUCCAGAGAGUAGUUUGCCAUUACCAAAGGAGCUGCCAGGCACCAAAUACAGCCUAAACCAUCAGUGCCAGCAGAUUUUUGGAGAGGAAUUCUUCCAUUGUCCCAACACAACAGACAAUGAUAUAUGCAGCCAGCUCUGGUGUCAGGAGGAUGGAACAUCACAGUGCUCCACAAAGAAUGGCAGCCUGCCCUGGGCUGAUGGAACCCCGUGUAGUCUCAACAGGACAUGCCUGAAUGGAGUUUGCAGUCUAACUCAUGGGGUGCACGAGCCACUGGUGGUUGUGGAUGGUGGCUGGAGCACAUGGGGGCCGUGGCAGCAAUGUUCCAGGACAUGUGGAGGUGGAGUAGAGUUUUCCAACAGGGAGUGCACAAGCCCUGAGCCUCAGAAUGGGGGCAAAUACUGUGAGGGACUAAGGGUUCAGUACCAGUCCUGCAAUACAGAGCCCUGUGGCAACAAUGAAAAGAGUUUUCGAGAGGAGCAGUGUGAGAAGUACAACAGCCCAAACUACCUGGACUACAACGGGAACAUGAAACAUUGGAUACCAAAGUACGCUGGAGUGUCUCCCAGGGACAGAUGCAAACUAUUCUGCCGGGCCAAGGGCAGUAGUGAAUUUAAGGUGUUCGAACCCAAGGUAAUUGAUGGAACACCCUGUGGUCCUGACACCACAUCGGUGUGCGUCCAAGGGCAGUGUGUGAAGGCAGGCUGUGACCAAGUCAUCGGAUCCAAUAAGAGAGUGGACAAGUGUGGAAUAUGUGGAGGAAAUGGCCUUACUUGUAGAAAGAUCACUGGGUCCUACAACAAGGCAAUCUAUGGAUACAGCGACAUUGUCACUAUUCCUGCUGGAGCAACCAAUAUUGACAUCAAACAGCGGAGCCACAGAGGAAUCAAACAUGACGGGAACUAUCUGGCUAUAAUGAGAGAGACUGGCAGCUACAUCCUUAAUGGAAACUUCUCUGUAUCGACAGUGGAACAGGACAUCCCUGUGCUUGGUGCUGUGUUGAAGUACAGCGGCUCCUCAACAAUGUUGGAGAGGAUCCAGAGCUUCAUGCAGCUAAAAGAGGCUAUCAUCAUUCAACUUCUGGCCACAGCGGGGGAUACAAGUGCUCCCAAAGUGAAAUAUUCAUUUUUCGUCCCCAGAGAUGUAACUUUUAACAAGUCUAAAGAGAAAAAGGGCUCUUUGCCAUCUUUGCAUAUGAUUCAUCAAUUCAGCGUUUCUGACUGGGUGCUUGGGGAGUGGUCCGAGUGCUCCAAGAGUUGCGGUUCUGGGUGGUCCAGGAGGAAUGUGGAGUGCAGAGACAGCACAGGCUUUCUCUCUAGCCUUUGUGAUAAAGACUUGAAGCCGUUGGACAUCAGGGCUUGUGGGGAUCUGCUUUGCCCCAUCUGGCAGAUGGGACCUUGGUCCGCCUGCUCACGAACUUGUGGUCAGGGGCACCGGCAUCGCAGCAUCGUCUGCAUAGACUACACUGGGAAGACUGUUGAACCAGAGAAGUGUGAUCAUACUAAAAAACCUGCGCCUGUUUCCGGUGAAUGCUUCAACCCCGAGUGCCUCUGAAGAACGUGCGAUACUUUUGGCUGCUGACAACCACUGUUGGAAGUAAACAAUGGAAAACUACCUCGGGAAUGUAAAGAGUUGCCAUUUAUGGAAGGUGCUGUGUUUUAUUUCCUCCACUCUAAUGAACAACUCAAUCAUUUGACUGUUUGGGUUGGUUUAAUUUACUAAAUAUAUACAGUGGAACCCGCCUAAGUCUGUCGCUUAUGACAACAAUCCAUCUUUGUCGAACAACUCAUUAAAUCCACCAUGUUAUUGAUACAGUGGAACCUCAACUUACGAAUUUAAUUCGUUCAUGAACAUGGUUGGUCAACCCAAAAGUUUGUACACAUGUAGUGAAGCAGAGUUCCCCAGAAGAAUCAAACAUGAAUAAUUGGUUCUAGCCUCGACAAAAGUCCCUUUUUUAGUAAAAAAAAAACAAAAACUGCACACUUUGAAGCCACUAUAAUAGCUGUAUCACAUGUAUCAAACUAACAUAACAAGGGGGUAAUGGAUCUACAAUCUUUUUUUUUAUCCAAACACAACAACAUUACAGCAAGCUUAUUUGUCAAAACGCACACACACAAAAGUCUCGGUGCGCUCCAAAACGUUAACCACCAUGUUGCUGCAAAUAAAAACAAGAAAAAAGGAAAAUAAUUUUACCUCGUGUCUGCGAAUAUUUGUGGCAUUGUUGAACACUCUGGAAGUUUCGGAGUGAUAAACAAACAGUGGCUCCACGUAGUCAGCGCUAGCACAAGUGUGAGGCGAUCCUUCAUCGGCUUGUGUCCUAGUAGUGCCUUCUUAUUUGCUGUAAUAAAGGUCCGCUGUGGCAUAUUUUUCGGUCUCGUGACGUCACAAUUUAAGACUUUUUUGCUGAACAAAGCCUCCUUCACUGAUAAAAUCUUCGAACUGAAGGUGGCUAACUAUCUAAAACGCUAUCUCAAAGCAGUUGUCCAGAAACCCCAAGCUAUACAUCAAGACUGUGAGAGUUUAGACACAUUUAAAGCAUUUCUGAUCACACAAAGUGAUUUCUAAGACAGGCUUACACAGCUCUGACCGGCGCAAGGUAGGACCAUUGAAGAAAUAAACACGUAAGAAGUGCCGCUCGCUGCCGAAGCUCUUUGAAAUGGCUGCGCCCGUGUGUACAGGAUGUAAACAGGAUGUAAACAAGAUGUGACGUAAGAGGCCCAGCCUCUUCAAAAUGGCCAUGUCAGCGUGUACAAAAAGUAAAGUAAUCGAAAUGGCAGCCUUCAAGAGGUAUGCAAAAUGAAUGAAUGAAUGAAGCGUUCGUACGCCGAAACAUAGUUUAUACACAGAGGCAUACUUGGCACGAUGUAAAGGUUUGUAAACCGAAAAGGUCGCAAUUAGAGGUGUUUGUAAAUCGAUGUUCCACUGUAUUGCUAAAAAGUGCCCGCGUAGGUCGGCGUCGACAUAUAUGGUAAACCGUUUUUGUUGACAUUAAAUUUAACAACCAAAGGGGGGAUUUUAAGUUUUUAUACCCACAUUAUUAACUUCCUCAUUAUCAUUGGGUCAAGUAAAAUGACAACAGUGACAUAACUACUGUCUUGUUUCAAAGCCUUAAAAUGUGCUCACAGUGACUUCCUGUUCAUUGAAAAAGUAAGCUUGAUAAUUAAAGCGUGGUACUAUUAACUUGGAUUCUGCUACAGCAACUAACAAGAUACGGCGAUUGAUUUAAUUUUUUGGAGGGGCUGAAAAAAAGAGUUGCACUUUAAUAAAAUCCUUAUUGUCUUUGUAUUCUGGACAACCACUUAGGUUGAUGUGAGUCGACAUAAGUGGGUUCUACUGUAUCAAUAAAAAAUAACAACACCCAACAGGAAAAUGGCAAUAACCUUUUAAAAUCACAGGACCUUUUAAAAUGCUGGGGCCACUGGCUCGUCCCUGUUGCUAUGGUUAUUAUUAUUAUCACGAACAAACACUCGUAACAUGUAGAACUUAACUGAUUUUAGGAAAACAGAAGAAAACUCAAAGCACAAGUCCUUAAAUGAUGCAAAUGUCAAAAACUAGCGAAAGGUGCAUAAUUGAUGAGUAAUUUCCUGAAACAGUCAGUGGCCUUGUGGUUAGAGUGUCCGCCCUGAGACUGGAAGGUCGUGAGUUCAAACCCCGGCCAAGUCUUUCCAAAGACUAUAAAAAUGGGACCCAUUGCCUCCCUGCUUGGCACUCACCAAAUGAUUCCCAAGCGUGGCCACCGCUGCUGCUCACUGCUCCCCUCACCUCCCAGGGGGUGAACAUGGGAAUGGGUCAAAUGCAGAGGACAAAUAUCACCACACAAUCACAAUCAUUGGAUUGUGACAAUCCAAUGAUGUGACAAUCAUUGGAUUGGAUUGUCACACACAAUCCAAUGAUUGAUUGUGUGUGACAAUCAUUGGAUUUUCACACACAAUCCAAUGAUUGUGUGUGACAAUCAUUGGAACUUUAACUUUAACUUCAACUUAAUGCGACAAACUUGGCCUUAGCCGUUCCAACAUUAUAAGUAUAAUUCCUCUAUCACUAAAACUCACUGAACACGUAGAAUUUACAUUUACCCUGUAGCUAAGAUAUCUACAAUUUCACAUUUACAGAAAGAUGAUACCAAGAUCAUCCAUGUAGACCUUGUACAUGCAGAGAAAACUUUAUUUAUUUUGGAUAUGUCUUUUUUUUUCUCGAGCAUAAUGACCCUGGGUUUAAGAGAUUAAACCUACUAAUGCACAGCAUAGUGUAAAUAUACUGUACCUCGUCUUACAUACUGUCAAGCUAUAGGCUGCUUCAAUGUAGGUGGUUGUUGUUUUAAUCUUUCUCAUGUGUUCCUGUUUCACUGCUUCUCAUUUCUACACACAUGGAUUUGUUGAUGGCGGUUAAUGUGAUUUUUUUUUCUUUUGAAUCCAGAAAAUAAGCACGGUUUCUUUGUAAGCCUUUCAAUGACUCCAAACAUCACAAGAUCUGUAAAAUUUAUUUUAUAGCUUUUAUCAAGAAUUGUUAAAAUUCGAAGACAUGUUAGUAGUUUAUUUUCUGUUAUGUUGCAGCAGUAGGUAGCAGCCUUACAAACCAUAUUCAGUAUGUUUGAUGUAUGUGAUAUACCUAUCACAUGUUGCGUAAAUUAACAUUAUUUUCAUGUUUCAUUUGAAUUACCAAUCAUAUCUUAACACGCUUUUUCCAGACGUAUAUGUGUAUGUUGGGUCUUCAUUCCUGUUCAUUUACAGUAUGUCACAAGAGGAAAAAGAGAGGGAGCAUUAGCCCUAUAUCCCUUCAAUGAAGGACCAUAGCAGUUUAUGACCAAUAUUGCUUCCUUUUAAUUUAUUUUCUCUCUUUUUUUGUAAAUGUAAUUAAUGCAGCAGAUGCUACUGUCUCCGAAAUUGAUUCGUCUGUAUAAAUUGUCAAAUAAACGCACUUAUG